CUGGUUUCCAGUGACGUUGUGCAGUACAGUGCUCUGUUUGGACAGCAAAUAAACCUCCUUCUGCAUCCUUCACAAAAUGUGAUUGAAAAUCCGGUGUAUUUAUGUGACUUGGUGGCCACUUUAGUGCAGUCGGCUGAUACGAAAGAACUUCAAGAUAUGAUGGAAGAAAUCAAAGUAUCAAGACGUCUAGACCUAGCUCUGGUACUCAUUCAGAAGGAGAAAACUGUUGCAAAGUUGAAGUUUGACAUCAAUAAGGAUGUUGAAAAGAAAGUUCAGGAUCAGCACAGGAAGUAUUUGCUCAAUGAACAGCUUAAAGUGAUCAAGAAAGAGUUGGGAAUAGAGAAGGAUGAUAAGUCGACGAUUAUUGAGAAAAUGGAGGAACGACUGAAAGAUCUCAAAGUACCAGAGUACGCAAUGAAGGUUAGCAAUCAAAUAGAAGUUGUCUUCCUUUUCUUCUACCGUGACGUCACCGAGAUAUCAUCAGGUAAUCAAAGAGGAACAGCAGAAGCUACAGUUUUUGGAUCCACAUUCCAGCGAAUUCAGUGUCACCAGGUAGGGGAGAAUUACCUUGACUGGUUAACAAACGUUCCAUGGGGAAUCACCUCGGAAGAAAAUACCGAUUUACAAAAAGCGAGGGCUGCUUUGGAUCAAGGCCACUAUGGAAUGAAAGAUGUGAAGGAGCGCAUUUUGGAAUUCAUUGCUAUAAACAUUUUGAAAAAACACGUUGGAGGUAAAAUCCUCUGCUUACAUGGACCACCAGGAACAGGGAAAACCAGUAUUGCAAGAUCGAUUGCUGAAGCGCUUAAUAGACAAUAUUUCCGUUUCUCAGUGGGUGGCAUGACCGAUGUUGCUGAAAUAAAAGGACACAGAAGAACAUAUGUGGGAGCAAUGCCUGGGAAGAUGAUUCAGUGUUUGAAGAAGGUUAGAACGGAGAAUCCGCUGGUACUGAUUGAUGAGGUGGACAAGAUUGGAAGUGCGGGUUAUCACGGCGAUCCGGCAAGCGCUCUUCUCGAGUUGUUAGAUCCCGAACAGAACGCGAAUUUCAACGACCACUUUCUUGACGUCCCUGUGGAUCUGUCACGCGUGCUAUUCAUAUGUACAGCAAACGUGACUGAUCAAAUUCCCGGUCCACUGAAGGAUCGUAUGGAACUGAUAGAUGUGAGUGGUUAUCUGGCGGAGGAGAAAAUCGUAAUUGCUCAACGAUAUUUGAUUCCUCAAGCUCGGAAAGAAACGUCGUUAACGGAAGAACAAUUCGUGAUUGAAAAUAGCGCUGUAGAAGACAUCAUAAAGCAUUAUUGCCGCGAGUCUGGAGUCCGUAAUUUGCAGAAACACAUUGAUAGGGUGUUUCGUAAGGCCGCACUGAAAAUUGCCGAUCGUAUGAGUGCUGGUUCGGAAGCACCUGUUGAUUCUGAGACGCCUGCAGGUUCAGAGUCACCUUCUCCCACGAUUGUUGUAAAUAGCGAAAAUUUGGAAAAAUACGUUGGAAGGCCGAAGUUCACGUCAGAUCGAAUGUAUGAGCAAACGCCACCCGGUGUAAUUAUGGGUCUAGCUUGGACCGCCAUGGGUGGAUCUGCUCUGUACAUAGAAGCUGUAUUGAAACGACCCGUCGACUAUGCUAGUGACAAAGAAGGCAGUUUGGAAGUGACAGGAAAUCUUGGGGAUGUGAUGAAGGAAAGUGUGAAGGCUGCACUGACGGUCGCAAAAGGGAUUCUAGCGAAAGAUGAACCGGACAAUAGAUUUUUCGACAAAGCUCAUAUUCACAUUCAUGUGCCGGAGGGAGCCACACCAAAAGACGGACCUUCUGCUGGAGUAACCGUAGUUUCUUCCCUACUUUCUCUUGCUUUGAACAAACCCGUUGUACAGGAAAUGGCUAUGACUGGAGAAAUCUCAUUGACAGGAAAAGUUUUGCCAGUCGGUGGCAUAAGGGAGAAGGUCAUAGCGGUUAGUUUCUUCACUUGUAACAAUGAAGCAGACACACGGUUUGUACUUGUCAGCAUGGUAGUUAUCGAAGAGGAAUGGGAAGAUUCUGAACCCACAAAGACGGCCGAAAAGUUGAAACAAGAAGGAAACGCUAAGUUUGGUGAGGGUGAAUGGACACUAGCCGAGGAUAAGUAUAAGGAAGCUCUAGCAAUCUGCCCUCCGGAAGAUGUGGAACUUUGUUCAGUUUUACAUUCCAAUCUCUCAGCAGCCUAUAUCAAACAAGCUUUGUGGGAGGAAGCAGCAGGGGCGGCUACUAAAGCAAUAGAGGCCAACACAACCAAUGACAAAGCUCUGGAACGGCGAGCCUUUGCAUAUUCAAACAUUUCAGAGAAAUAUCAGAAUGCAGUCGAAGACUAUGAGCUGCUUAAGGAGAGGUUCCCUCAGCGAACUCAGUAUUUGAGAAAAAUCGAAGAAUUGCGACAAAAAAUUACCGAACGUGACGAAAAGUUGAAAGCUGAGAUGAUAGCAAAGCUCAAAGAGUUAGGGAACGUAUGUUUGCGGCCCUUUGGGCUCUCGACUGAUAGCUUUGAAAUGGUUCCAAAUGGUGAAGGAGGUUACAGUAUAUCCAUGAAGAACAGCUCAAAGUGA